CUGACCCACGCCGCCUGCCGAUGACCAUGAGCAUGAGCUCGGGCCUGGAAGCACCGCCCUAGUGCACCCGCAGAGUCCAUCCAGAUCCUGUCCGUGACCCAGACCCGGAAGCAACCCGGGGGCCCUCUGUCGUCCCGUCGGAUUCUUUUGCUCUCGCUCCUGCUCUCGAUGAUCACGAACCCCUUCGCUUCGGCGGUGGAGCUCCCCAAACCGGCGUCGCAAGCGACUUGGCGCUGGUGCCCGCCCAGCCCCAUCCCACCCACAUCCGGCGUACCAGCGCUGUUCCUAUCGAGAUCCUCGGACGCCCUCCGACCGGUGUGCUGUCCGUAGAGUAUAAGGGCGCGUCGAUCCCGCCGUCGAACCCAGCGACGCCAAUUCGACUAGAUCGUCUAGUCCACACAUCAGCCACCAUUACGUCCCUCCACCCAGAAACCACACCUGCGGACGACAUGUCCCUCACCCUCCCGUCUACGCGCACGCCGGCGCGCUCGCAGGCCGCCAACGAGCGCUCCCGCCGCUACUCGCGCAGUAUAUAUCUCUGGACGCUAUCGCAAUGGGAUGAGAACCGCGCCGAUAUCGAACGGCGUACCGCCACAGCCGCGCUCAACGCCAUUCUGUCAGGCCAGCGCGUCGGCACUCCGUCCAGCAGCCGGACCAGCAGCCUCGACGACAAAGAUGGUUUCUUCCCGUGAACACGACGGGCACGGAGAAGUAGCUCGUCCCACUUCCUACCACCACCACUCCCCACCGCCCCUCACCCGCAGGACUCUUGUUAGAGCCUAGAGCCUAGACAGCCCACCCAAAAUCCCACCACCCGCACUGUAUUCUAGUUGAUUGCUGUAGUCUUUUGUUCUUGGAUAUUUAGUGGCAUGCACUGUACCUCAAAUGAAC